AUCGACGAUUUCUAUAGCAUCCGAUCCUGUUCUGCUUUCAGUUUACGCUUUGGCUUCGCUGCGUGCGGUCGUCUGCGUUUGUCGUGCUACAAGCUAAGAAAACGAAAGAAAAACCAUAAAGAAUUACUAAUUAAAAUAUACAAGUGCCGUGCUGAACAACAAAAACAAUAUUCAUAUAAAUUAUUCGUGUCAGACAGAGAAAUGGCCACAAAUCCGAACGAAGCGCUCUUUAAUCGCCCAGGCCCGAAUCGCCUGAGGCCCUCGGAGGUCUAUCGGACCACCAAUAUUGAGGAGGCAGUUAAGAUACGUAUGCACAAAGAAGGUCUAGGCGCAGAGGAGCCCAUCUCCAUUCCCGGCCUUCUCAAGCGAAGUGUCAACAAUUAUCCCGAGUAUCCGGCGAUGCGUACCAAGAGUGGUAAAAAUGGAUACACCACAGUCACCUACAAGCAAUAUGAGGAAAAGGUUCAUCAGACGGCCAAGGCUUUCGUCAAACUGGGCUUGCAGGAUCACCACUCGGUGGGCGUGUUGGCCUUCAAUUGCGCCGAGUGGUUCUACUCAGCGAUGGGUGCUAUCCACGCACGAGGCAUCAUUGCGGGUAUCUAUACAACCAAUUCGGCCGAGGCAGUGCAGCAUGUUCUGCUGGACUCGCGGGCACAGAUUGUCGUUGUGGAUGAUUCCAAGCAAAUGGAUAAAAUCAAGUCCAUACGCGACAAGCUACCCAAUCUGAAGGCGGCAAUUCAAAUACAGGAACCUUAUCCAGAAUAUCUCAAGAAGGAGGAUGGAUACUACAGGUGGUCUGAGAUAGAGGCGAUGAAUGUUGCUGAUGUGGAGGAGGAAUACAAACGCCGCCUCGAGAAUAUUGCCAUCAAUGAGUGCUGCUCCCUGGUUUACACCUCCGGCACAGUGGGCAUGCCCAAGGGCGUGAUGCUCUCGCAUGAUAACAUUGCCUUCAAUACACGCGGCAUUGCCAAGGGCCUGGAAAAGGUUGUUAUGGGCUCGGAGAAUAUGGUAUCGUAUCUGCCCUUAUCCCAUGUGGCAGCCCAGACGGUGGACAUCUACACAAUUGCCUCAAUGGCCGGUUGCAUAUGGUUUGCCGAUAAGGAUGCGCUUAAGGGUACGCUGGUCAAGUCACUGCAGGAUGCUCAUCCCACAAGAUUCAUGGGCGUGCCUCGAGUCUUUGAAAAGUUCCAGGAGCGCAUGGUUGCUGUUGCCAGCUCCAGUGGCAGCUUUAGUAAAAUGAUUGCCGGCUGGGCCAAGGGCAUCACACUGAAGCACUAUAUGGAGAAUCAAGGCAAGAGCAGCGGAGGCUUUCGCUACAAGAUUGCCAAAUCGCUCGUCAUGUCCAAGGUAAAGGCUGCCUUGGGCUUUGAUCGUGUGGUCAGCCUGGUAAGCGCCGCUGCGCCCAUGUCGCCGGAGACAAAGAAGUACUUCCUCAGCUUGGACUUAAAGAUAUUGGAUGCAUUUGGCAUGUCCGAGACGGGCGGUUGUCAUACACUUUGCCAGCCCGAUUGCUCGCUUUUGAACACCAUCGGAAAAUCUAUGCCAGGCUGUGAGUCGAAGAUUAUUAACCAAGAUGAGAAUGGACAUGGUGAAUUGUGCAUCCGAGGACGUCACGUAUUCAUGGGCUAUGUGUCCAACAAGGAGAAGACAGAAGAAUCGCUGGACGAUGACUGUUGGCUACAUUCCGGCGAUUUGGGCUAUAUCGAUGAAAAGGGUUACGUCUGCCUUACGGGCCGGUCAAAGGAACUCAUCAUUACCGCUGGCGGUGAGAAUAUUCCUCCCGUGCACAUUGAGAAUAUUAUCAAAAAGGAACUGGACGGCAUUUCCAAUGCCUUCUUAGUAGGUGAACAGCGCAAAUAUCUUACAGUGUUGGUUUCCAUUAAGACCGAGGUGGAUAAGGACACGGGUGCACCAUUAGACGAGCUAACGCACGAAUCAUCAGUCUGGAUGAAGUCUCUGGGAGUUGAGCAUAAGACACUUACGGAUAUACUCAAUGCUGGACCCUGUCCCAAGGUCUGGAAGUCCAUCGAGGAUGGCAUUAAGCGUGCCAAUAAACAGUCCAUCUCGAAUGCCCAAAAGGUUCAGAAAUUCGCCAUCUUGCCCCAUGACUUCUCUAUUGUUACCGGUGAGCUGGGGCCCACUCUAAAGGUCAAGCGCAAUGUGGUUAACAAAAUGUAUGCCGAUAUCAUCGAGAAGCUUUAUGCCUAGAUCAAAACUAGUGAAACCAAACCAAAAUUACCAGAGCAAUGGGAACUUGAGCUUUAAAAUUAAAUGAAUUUAUCGGACUUAAAAGCCAUUGAGUGCCAGCUUAAACUACUAAGAUACUUACCAAAUCUACCAAUAUAUCUAGAGAGAGAGGGUUGUUCACUCAAUUUGUUAGAGUGCCAAUGAUAAUGAUGAAUGCUGAAGAUGAUGAUGUUGUUAAUUAUGAUAAUGAGAUUAACAAUUAUCAAUUUAAAUGCGUCCUUGUAGCUUGCCUACAGCUUUAUCAAUAAAAAACUGUAUAGGGAUUUAGUUCAUAAGUUUUUUAAUUUUAUGUUUUUUUGUUUUACUUACUAAAACGCAUGGAGAAAUUCUAUAAUCCAAUUCCUUGAAUUAUUACAAUAAAUUUGCAUAUCAAUUUUCAAUUUUGACAUCGUUUAUGGCUAUUUACAUUUAAGAAGUAUGAACGCAACUCGACAUUAAGAUAAUUUAAAUCAAAAUUAAAUUAUUUUUUAAGUAACGGGUGUAAAAAAGAGCAGAUCUAAGAUACACUUAGAACGAACACACACUCAAACAGGCCAUAUGCUGUAGCGUUAAUACUCUCUUCUUCUUUUUGAGUAAAUUUGUUAAUUAAUUAUCUGGUGAACUUAAUACACUGAGAAUACAAUAAAUUUGUAUUUUGUUUAUUA